CCGGCGCUGGGGGCGCAGAAGGCGGCCAACAUGAUGGGGCUGCUGGAGGUGCUGAGGCUGCUGUGCGCGCCGCCAAGCAGCUCCGCCUCCGAGUCCGACCGAGCCGCCGAGGCCUCCAACCGCGCAGCCAACCAGGCCAAGCUGCUGGCAGCGGGGGCGCUGGAGGCGCUGGCUGCCGCCGCGCUGGCGGAGGGGGGCGUGCCCUCGCCGCCCGUGCGCGCAGCCGCCCUGGCCGCCCUGGGCGACCUGGUGGCGGACCUGCAGCCGGCGCAGGAGAGGCUGGGCCGCGCGACGGUGCGGCCGGGGCCGCUACAGCCGUCCGCGGCGGAAGCUGAGGGGGCGCCGGCGCCGCCGGCUGCGGAGGCGGAAGAGGUGGUGCCGGUGUUGCAUGCAGUGUUGAGGGUUGCGUUGUACGGCAAUGACGCGGCGGAGCGUGCGGCUGCGGAGCAUGUGAUUGCUUGCUACUGCCGGGGGAAUGCGGAGGGGCAGACGGG